AUGCCCACGCCCCCCUCCUUCGGGGCCUCGGCCGACUCACCACCACGGCGACCGCUGCUGCUCCCGUGCCAAACGGCAGCGAGGGAGAUGCGUCGCUUCAACACGUCGUCGUCGUCGUCGUUGUCCAGCAGCUCUCCCAAGACCGCUUCCGCCGCCGCCGCCGCCGCCGCAUCGCAGCCGCCUCCUCUGCCUCCUCCGUCCCAGGCCAACAGCCGCCAUCGACCUGCCAUUUCCAUCCGCCGCCCCUUUCCCGCGCCCCGUCCAGACACCACAACCACCACCACCACCACCACCACCGCCCGACGGCCGCCCCCGAGACCCCCCUUUGCCGCCGCCCACCACCAAACCUUCCAAUCCAAGACGGGGCCAAGACCGCCGGCCAAGACACCGUCGUCACCCUCUUCGUCUUCGAAUCGUCGCCCGCCGCUGCGUCUCAAGGAUCGCAACCAACAGCAAAAUGCUCCCCUUCUGACGUCCUCCACCCUCGCCAGCGCCGCCAAAAUGCCCGUCGGCGACAGACCCCGACAGCCCCAGCUCAGCGCUGCCGCCGCCCGAUCCGCCAAACGCGGCCCUCUGACCCCCAAGAUUGCCGCAAAGGGCCCUCCCUCGACCGCUUCCAUCCCGCCGCCUAGGAGGCCGCAGACCAUCCACCACCCGCGCGACGACGCUCCGACCCCCGUCUCCGGCCACGUCACUCGCCCCGGUGCCCGCCAGGGCCGCGUCGACAGCCUCAGCUCCGCGCCUAUCGGUCCCGCGAACCACUACCACCCCGAACGACUGGCGUACGACGCUUGGGACAAUGCCGGCGCCAUGUCGGGCGUCGGGGGGACGCCUGGCUCGGCCAGCGGCGUCUCCAGGCAGGCGGGGGACUCGCCCGGCGAGCAGCAGAGCGACGGCCACAAGUUCUUCUACGCAAGCGACGCAAGGGCCAUUCAGAGGCCCCUUUCCGUCCCUCAGAAGCCCGUGGCCUUCUUCUACGCAAACGGCGCCUCCGCCGAGGCCAAGCGAACCACGAGCCCGCCCUUGAACCAACCCUUUACCCCUGUCCUCCCCCCGACCCAGGAGCCCGUGGCCACCAAGUUCUUUUACGCCAACGGCACCCCCGACCCCCCCCCCUCAAAACACGCCCUGGCCACAUCGGCGUCGGCGUCGGCCCUUUCGACGAGCUCAAGACUACCUCUUACGACAUGCCCACCGACGAGCCAGCCUCUGAGCGCCAACCCCCUACUACCCACGUCUCCCAAACAACCGCUUUCGUUACAAUCGUCACCCGCACUCGCACCGGUCCCGCAUUCAUCUGGCAAGAGGAGGCCAGCGAUGACCAUGGCUUCUCUCAUCCAAGCCGCCGAGGAGUGGAAAGAGCGAGACACGGAAAGGGACGGAGACGCCCAGCCCGAGCUCUCGCAAAGUCCCACGAAGUCGUCGCACGCGGGGGAGCUCGUCAGCGAGCUCGUUGCCAACGCGCGACGAGAGCGCAAGGUCCAGGACCUCGAGAUUACCAACGCCUCCCUCGAGGCCAUCAACAGGACCCUCGAGAGGCAGCUGCGCAAGCAGACCAUUGAGUUGCGCAGAUACCGCCGUAUGUCCAGGGCAGGGCACAUCUCGCUCGCCUCUGCGGCGUCGAGCCGAGUGCCGUCGGCGGCCCUCCCGGACGUUGCAAUAGAUCUCUCGGGCGUGGACGAGGGGGAGGAAGCGACGGAAGACGAACAAGACGAGUACCCGGACUCGUUCGACGAAUCCGAUUUUUCCAGCAACGAGUCGCUGUCGGCCGACGCCUCGUCGUCGCCAAACGACAAGCUCGCGGCGCGGCGCAAGCGCGACGAGCGGCGCCUCCAGCUCGACCUGACCAAGCACCAGGAGCUGCUCGUCGACAGCCAAAAGAUGAACCAAAGCCUCAAGCGGUGCCUCGACUGGACCGAGGUGCUCAUCAAGGAGGGCCAGAAGGCGCUCGCGUACCAAGUGCGCGUGUCCGACGUGGAGUUUGGCGGGCGCGUCCUAGCGCCGCUCGACGAGGACGAUGAGGCCGAUAUGGACGACGACGACGGGCCCAGCCUGGGGCCCCCGCGGACCAAGGGAUCGCAAGACCGAGAUAGUGGCGUCGAGCUUCCCGGGGACGGCGGCUAG